AUGGCGGAGAAGGCGCUACUGAGCAGCCCAUUGGGCUCGCCGUCAACAGCACCUCCGCGGCACCGAAAUCGGCCUCUGGCACACAUCGCACGAGGCAUUGCAGUUCUCUCCAUGCUGCUGCUCUCAUUCCAAAUCUUCCACCACCUGUCACCUCGUAAUGUUCGCAAUGGUGGACAUUGUAUGCGACCUGAGACUCUCGGAGCACAGAGUCUCUCGCGCUGUCCCGCUCAAAAUAAGGUCUCUCCCGUGGCCAGGCCUGAUAUCACCGAAAAGAACGUGAACCAGUUGUUCAAGUCCGAUUCGUUCCGCGAUUUGAGCGUCCAACGGCUGAGUGGCGCGAUUCAGGUGCCAACUGAGACCUUCGAGAAUUUAGGUCGGCUCGGGGAGGACAAGCGCUGGGAUGUCUUCUACAACUUUGAGAAAUACCUGAGGAAAACAUUUCCCUUACUGCAACUCCACCUUGAACUCGUCAACGAGCACGGACUUCUCUACACCUGGCAAGGCAGCGACGAACAGCUGAAGCCGAUUCUGCUCAUGGCGCAUCAAGAUACCGUUCCCGUGGCCGCCGACACGCUCUCGGAAUGGAAGUAUCCCCCUUACUCAGGCCACUUCGAUGGCCAGUUCAUCUACGGUCGGGGAAGCCAGGACUGCAAGAACAAUCUGAUUGCAAUUCUCUCGAGCAUCACUUCGCUCCUAGACCAAGAUUUUGUUCCCCGGCGAACUGUUGUUCUUUCAUUCGGCUUUGACGAGGAAACCAACGGUUUCCAGUACGGCGCAGCACGGCUCUCCAAGAGGAUCACCGAUAUUUGGGGUCCGGACUCCUUCGCAAUCAUUGUCGAUGAGGGUCAAACACUCAUCGUAGAUCGCUUCGGCCGUAGCUUUGGAAUCCCCCAGGUCUCAGAAAGAGGCUACUUCGAUCUCGAAGUCACAGUCCACAUUCCAGGCGGGCACAGCAGCAUCCCGCCGGCUCAUACCUCGAUCGGCAUUCUUGCCCAGGCCGUCACGACGCUUGAAAACGCUGCCGAGGCCAACUUCCCGCUUGAGCUCAGGACUGACAACCCUUUCUACACCCUCCUGCAGUGCGCAGCAGAAGAUCCAUCGGCCGAGAUGCCAGAUGAGCUUCGCGACGCGAUCGGCGACCCCAAGGGCACUUCGCAGAUUGUCAGGCUCCUGUCGCAUGACCCCAUCAUCAAGAGCCUCUUCCACACCACACAGGCCGUGACUAUCUUCCAGGGUGGCAACAAGGCCAACGCGUUGCCGGCAUUCGCCAAUGGCCUGAUCAACUACCGCGUCUCCAGCACGGAAACCGUAGCGCAGGUCCGCGAGAAGCUUAUAAGCACGCUGAAGCCCGUGGCAGAGAAGUUCGGCCUCGAGUUUACGGCCGGGCCCAAGCCCGCGGUCGGGGAGCCGCCAGCCGAGGUUCCCGAAUACACGCUGGCGCUGUCCUGGAACGAUGCAGCCCUCGAGUCUUCGCCGGUGACGUCCACGGACUCGCCCACCUGGUCCGCUCUGUCCGGCGUGAUCAAGCAUGUUUUCGACGAACCGGUCGAUGGGGGGGACGUCACCGUGGCACCCAUGCAAAUCAUCGGCAACACGGACACGCGGUACUAUUGGGAUCUCAGCCCCCAAAUCUACAGGUUCGGGCCGGGCAGGGACCGACACAAUGACGGCCCAGGGGGGAUUCAUGAUGUGAAUGAGCAUGUUCCGAUCGAAGUUCACCUUGAGGCUAUUUUGUUCUUCCACGAGUUCAUUCGUGUUUUUGAUGAAGCGGACCUAGAGUAG